UAAUUUAACAAAAAAGUGCAUCAGUACAGCAAAGUCUACUUAAGGAAAAAAGGAUUUGCUACCCUCAUUUUUAUGUUGGCUUGAGUAGUGAAGCGAAUCAAAGGAAAGUCGUGGCUUGUUCAAAGACGAGAUAAAAAGUGUCCAGCCUCGAAAGGAACAGUAGAAAAAACAGAGUGUGGCCAAUGCACAGUUUAGGACUAGUACUGAAGAGGCACACAUCUGUAUGGAGGUUUUUGCGUUACGUCUUCAAAUGAAGACGCUCUCCAAUGGGAAGUAACAAGACCAAAGACUUCAUGGUGUAACUGGGCAUGGAUUUAAGUAGAGUGCUUGUAAUGGUGUUGAGCAUAGUUGCCUCUGAACUGUCUCAUGUUUGCACUAAACCAUUGGACUUUGUGUGCGAUAGCGAAGCCAGAGGAGUGAUGAACAAGGUGAAAGACUUGGAAGAUGAAAUGGUAGACUGCAGCGCUGUAGCGUCUCUACCCUCUCCUAUUCAAUUACCAUGCAUCAGGAUUCACAAAGCAACCUGGGAGAAAAAAUCUGUUCAUGAGCGGAGGGCUGAGAUCCUGCUGUCUUUGGGGACUCUAGCGCAGGAUGUACGGACUGCCAAGACACUCAUCCAACCUGGCUGUGGACUUACUCUGCUGGUGCGCUUGGAACGCAGUAUCAACAACUACGUGCAUGUAGUGAAACUUCUUCAUGGGGAGCAGGGGGAGCUAUCAGAGCCCCAGGCAAAGAACUGUCUGCGUCAGGACUCUAAAGAUUUGGGUCUGGUGUUGAAGCACUUUGGACGGCUGCUCACAGGCAAGCUGGAAUGGCUCAUCGGGGAGAUGGCGAAGGGGUGCUAGACUGAAAGGCUGACUGCUAAUCUCUGCCUUUCUUCAACCUUGUAUAAUGGGACCAGACAGGCACAAUCAAUUUGAACAAUGGCUCACCUACAGAGAAAAUGGAGGGCCAUGCACUUUGCAGUAGUAGACCACCAACUGUGUUACAAGAAGAAAAGCACAUGACGUGUAAAUGGCAAGACUGCGCCAUCUACUGGAUCAUAGAUAAACUCUAAGCACUGACACACCUGUUGAGGUGCACCUACUGAACUGUUGAAAACGUUUAAGUUGUUGUUGAAUCCUAAAUGUCAUUUAAUAUUACAAAUUAUAUUUAUUUAUCUUACAGUCUGUUUAUGAUUUUUAGAUUAUAUACAUAAUAUACAGAGACACAUGUAUAGGCUACAUGGGAUUUAAACAAAUGUAGGCCAAAAUAUGUGUCACAAUUAUGUGCAAAUGCACAUUGUAGUGCUUAUGCUAGUCACAUGAUCUAGACACUCCAACGUAUGUAAAUCUAGAGGAUUUGUGUAAAUUAUAUAUUUUGUAUACAACACUAAUAUAUCGGACCAUGACAUUUGAAGAUUGCAAUCUUUUGUGCAUUGAAACAUUGAUGUACUAACACAAAGCACACAAGUACACAAUGUAACAUUUAAGAAAUAUUGACAUUACUAGUAAAAUUCCUUUGAGUAUACUUUUCUUAUUUUUCCUUAAAUGUUAAAGCAGUUUUGUAAAAUGUAAUUUGUAGCAGUUUGUAAGAUUUACAUAUACAUAUUUAAGUAUAUUUUUUCAUGUAA